AAAUGUCAAAACUUGAACGAAGAAAAAGGAAGAGAACAUUAAUUUCAUAACCAAAAUAACCACAAGUUCAUUAUUUUAAUUUAAAAAACCGAAAAAAUGUCUAAAGCAGCCGGAAAAUUAAAAUCGAUGAAGAAGUUCGUCGAGAAAAUAACCCACACAACUAAGUUGAGGACUAAUAUCCCAGCUGGCAUGGCUGCAGCGGGUCCUCCACUAGGACCAAUGCUGGGUCAGCGAUCAAUUAAUAUAGCGGCCUUUUGUAAGGACUUCAAUGAACGUACCAAAGACAUAAAAGAAGGAAUACCACUCCCAUGUCGAGUAUGGGUAAAUAGCGACCGAAGCUAUGAACUUGUCAUCCAUUCACCACCAGCUACCUUCUUCCUAAAACAAGCCGCCGGCGUCCCACGGGGGGCAAUGUAUCCGGGUAAGGAGCUCUCGGGCAAAAUAACCUUAAAACAUUUAUACGAAAUUGCGGCAAUCAAAAUACAGGACCCUCCAAACGCUCUGAAAACAAUGCAACAAAUGUGCGAACAACUAGUUGGAAUAGCAAGAACUUGUGGGAUACAAGUUGUUAAGGAUUUAAACGCUGACGAAUACAAAGAAUUCCUAGAAGAACGACAAAAAGUAGUCGAAGAACAGAAAAAGGAACUCCAAGAAAAACGUGAUGCGAAAAUGUUGAGAACUGGUUAA